UUUACGUGUGAAUGAGGUAGAUAUUGCCGCGGAUCAGCGGAAAGGAACGUCGGCAACAACGGUGGAUUUUGAUCGGAACAAAGAGUAUGAUUGCUUGCGUGCCGUAUAACAUUAGCUCGUCCGAUGGAGUGUAGAAACCGUGCAUAGUGUUUUUCUGCUGCUCGUUUGGCUUUGUUGCACAACCAACAAUGGACGCAAUAUGGUCCAAAGGAACCCUCGCCGGAAUGGCCACCGUUGCGACGGUGCUGCAGUUUUUGACGGGCACUAUUAUCUGCCGUAGAUACAUCCUGAAAAAAUCCACCGGCGACGAAUCAGCCUUCCCGUUCAUAUCCGGAUUCUUAUCCUGCUUCACCUGGCUCAAGUAUGGGGUUCUAACCAAGGAAGACACAUUGAUACUGGUGAACUUUAUCGGCUCGGCACUAUUCCUCAUCUACACGGUAAUAUUCUUUCUGUUUUGCGUCAGCAAGCGCCAAGUGGUGCGCCAGAUCAUGGUCAUCUCGUGUGUCAUUCUGAGCGCCACGAUUUACACCACGUUUUCGAGCGACUUGGAAAGGUCGAUUCGGGUGAUAGGGUUGCUGUGCUGCUGUCUAGCAGUGAUAUUCUUUGCCUCGCCGUUGGCCACCCUGGCGCACGUGAUCCGCACCCAGAACACAGAUAGUCUUCCUUUCCCGAUCAUCGUUGCUUCGUUUUUCGUGUGUCUGCUCUGGACCGCGUACGGUAUACUUAUCAGUGAUCUAUUCGUUCAGAUUCCCAAUCUACUGGGAGGUAUACUGGCGGGUAUUCAGCUGACACUUUAUGUGAUCUAUCCUAAAAAGAAAGCUUCCCUUAACAGUGGCCCACGGUAUUCCCCGCUGGUGUCCGAGAAUCCGGUAUUGUAGUAUUACAAGGGUUACGGGUGGGAUAACGCAUCGGCCAGUUCUGGUUACGGCCACUAACAGUAUCGAAACGCAGUCGCGUUGUUGUUAAUAAAUUUCAUUCGUAGAACGAUA